GCCAACUCGCGCGCGCGCGAAUUCCGUCCGUCCGUCCUUAUUCCACCACGUGCUCGCAAGACUCUCUGCAUUCGAUCGCCUCUGCCGGAGGAGGCUAUUUCUUUCUCCCCGUGAAUGUACAGUGAUACACCUUAUUGGAGAAAUUGUUGCUGUCGCGCGCAGAAGUUUCGUCCUGUACGCUUCUUCUUUCCGACACUUCGCCGAUGCGAUAUUGCAGCUGAUAGUUGCCGAUUCGAAGAGUUUGAGUGUUACGUAAUGUGCAUUGUUCGAGCUUAUACGUCCGUACGAAUUUAUUUUAGUGAUCUAUGGUGAUUGAAGUUUGUCGCUCGUUACACGGAGUUCACAGUGCAACUGAAGUUCAGUGAAGUUUUAGCCUAUAGUGUCCUUUCAUCUACAUUAUCGCAGCCGAUCCAAACACGAUCCGGUCCAUACAGUAACGAAUAUACGUCCUUAAAUAUAGCAGAAACAAUCAUUAUAACCUGAGAGCGAAACUCGACGACGACAUGGGCGUACAUAAACAAACCCACAUUGUCGCGUACCUAUACGUCUUAUCAAAACCGCAAGUGCAAUAAUCGGAACUGAAAGCUCCGACGAUCAUCCCUCCGUCAUCUCUCACGAAUCAAGAGUCAGAAUCUCGCCCAAGGCGCGCAAGUGCAUCAUAAUCGGAGCGCACUCUGAAAAUCACCGGCUGAAUGGCAGAAGAUGGCGAUGCCAUGAGGGGCUGACUUCUGCGGGCCACAUUGGCAACCCCUGCGUCCACACACACACACAUACGCGCUCGUAGACUCCCCCUACGUAUAUCAGCUCGCACACGUACAAAGCUAUAGAGACUAGAGUGAGAUAGAUAGAUAUAUACACUGUACGCGGAAGCUCCGCGGCGGCGUCGCGCAUGCACGUGCGCGCACACUGGCGUCGAAGGGUCGCCGGUAGGGUCAGCACCAGGUAAUUAUGAGGUGUCUUACCCGCCGGUGACGACAUGCCUUGAGCGAUAAUGCUGCUGGCAAGCGUCGCGUCGAUACCGACGAUCACCGGCGCCAUCGAGGAGGAAUACGCUAUCAGCGAGGCCAACAGCGGUCACUGCGAUGGCUACGUUACCGAUCACACGGAUCUCGCCUCGGAUAUCGACGAGUCCGAGUAUCGGCGCGAGCUCCUCAACGACAAAUGGAGACUGCUCUUCGACAAGUACGACCCCGAGGGCUUCGGUGAGAUUCCUGUCGAGGAUUUUUUAAAAGCGCUGAGGAGCCCGGACUGGUUGGCGGAAAUCCCAGUCAACAAAAGGGACAUUCUUCUUCUGAGAGCGAGGGAAUCCCGCGUCGAGGCCAUCACGUUCCAGGACUUCGUCAAUGUGGGCAGUCGCCUUUGGGACUUGAACAGUAGUAGUAUAGGUCAGCGUAAUAAUCAACUUAUAGGCGCCUGUGUAAGGGUAACCAUUCAUGCGUCUCUGUAUUGCGAAGCUCUCGACCCUUGGAAAGAAAGAAAAUGUAAGGCGCAGCGCGAAUAA